AAAUAAUAUUAGCUUAGUGAAAAAAAGCACGCAUUGAGAUCUUUGUUUUUAUAAUAAGUCGUACCUCGUGCAUUGCAUGGGGUUGUAUUAAUAUUCUGGUUAGAUAUAAUAAAUGAAGUAACUUUCUGUGAAAUAGUUGAAGUUUUUGAGGGGAUUGAAAUGGCUGCAGCCAUUCAAACAAAUGGUAUGGAAAUUUCAACAUUACAACAAAACGGUAACGGUUUGACAUCACAUUGCGAAACAAAUAAUGCAGUUAACGAACAACAAAAUCAACUUGCACAAUCCACAACAACACAAUCGAAUAAUACGUCAGAUGAACCAGAAAUUGAUAUCGUUAUAAAUAAUGUGGUAUGCAGUUUUAGUGUACGAUGUCAUUUAAAUUUACGGCAAAUCGCAUUAAAUGGCUUUAAUGUUGAAUAUCGACGUGAACAUGGUAUGAUCACAAUGAAAUUACGACGACCAUAUACCACGGCAAGUAUUUGGUCGUCAGGUAAAAUUACAUGUACAGGUGCUACUAGUGAGGAUCAAGCAAAAAUCGCUGCACGUCGAUUUGCUAGAUGUUUACAAAAACUUGGUUUUAAGGUGCGAUUUAAUAAUUUUCGAGUAGUUAACGUAUUGGGAACAUGUUCAAUGCCAUUUGCAAUAAAAAUCACGUCAUUCUCAACGAGACACAAAGAACAUGCCGACUACGAACCAGAAUUACAUCCAGGUGUCACAUACAAAUUAAAAGAUCCUAAGGCAACACUAAAAAUAUUUUCAACAGGAAGUAUUACUGUAACAGCACCCAGUGUUGCCGAUGUCCAAGCAGCAAUUGAACAUAUAUUCCCAUUGGUAUAUGAAUUUCGUAAAGAGCGUAGCCCCGAUGAUGAGGCAGUGUGGCAACAGACUCAGCAAGCGAUUGCAACCGAAAUUGAAAGUGAAAUUGACGAAUGGGAAUAAAGCAGUAGUAAAUGAAUAUUUAAGUGUAUUUACAGUGUGUUCAAAAAAAAAAACAACAAAGAACAAAGAGUGUUAUUUAAAAAAGGCAUUAAUUAAUUUAUUCGUCGAAAACGUAGAAAUAUUUCUGGUUUUAUUUUUAUUUAU